AUGGCCAAGGGCACCGUCCAAACUGGCAUGGACACCACCAAGACCGUCCUGACAGGCACCAAAGAUGCAGUGUCCGCUGGCCUCACUGGAGCAAUGGGCGUGGCCAAGGGGGCCGUCCAGACUGGCAUGGACACCACCAAUACCGUCCUGACAGGCACCAAAGAUGCAGUGUCCACAGGACUCACUGGGGCAGUGACUGUGGCUACAGGGGCUGUGCAAACUGGGCUGAAUACAACCCCAAAUGUUUCAGCUGGCACAAGGAACACCAUCUCCAGUGGCAUGGCUGGUGCCGUGAAUGUGGCCAAUGCUGCUGCUCAGUGGGGUCUGGACACCUCGAAGGCUGUCCUCACCGGCACCAAAGACGCCAUGUCCACUGGGCUCACCAGGGUAGGGAACGUGGCCCGAGGAGGUGUGCAGACUGGUCUCGGAACCAUCCAGAACUGGUUACCUGUUUCCCAGGAUGCUGCCUCUGGUGGACUCGCCACUUCCGGAGCCCCAGAUGAAGGAGAACAAACCAUCCUGAACCCUCAUGAGGCUCAGUCCUGUGGGGUCUCCAGGCCCCCGGACACUCUGUGUGCACGCCUAGACCUUGCUGGGAAAGCCACCACUAAUACCAAGGGCCUCGUGUCAGCUGAGGUGACUUUCACCCCAGAGGCCGCCCUGGGCAAGAAGGAUGACGUAGGGCCUGGGGCCACCACUUGCGGCCAGGAAGGAGCCCGGGGCUUUGCAACACUCCGGGACGCACUGGAGGAGCUGGGGGAGAUCUUCCAGCCCAUGAGCGCCGAGGAGCAAGCUCAGCUGGCUGCCUCCCAGCCCCGGUUGAGGGAGGCCACGGCCGACCAAAGCAGCUACUUCGUGCGUCUGGGCGACUUGGACCCCAGCUUCCGCCAGCGGGCUUUCGAGCACGCCUUGAGCCACCUGCAGCAAGGCCAGUUCCAGGCCCUGGACGUGCUGGCCCAGCUCGAGGACGCGUUUUGGCUGAUUGAGAAGGCCCAGCAGGCUCCAGACUGGCAGCCAGGUGCGUACCAGGGGGCCGGCGCUCCUGCCCCUCCCCUCCAGCCCCGCUCACCUCCCUCCUUCCGCCCACAGGUGCCAGCCGCCGGGGCUCUGUCCAGGGUCUGCAGCCUUGUCCAGCAGCUCCAUGUGGCCUACAGCAGCCUGGCCUCCGGCCUCCAGGGCCUCCCCGCCGAGCUCCGGUGGCAGCUCAGGCAGGCGCGGCACAGCCUCUGCGAGCUCCACAGCGUUGUCUCCUCUGCCGCCUCCGUGGCAGAGCUGCCGGCCGAGCGCCUGGCCCAGAGCCGCCAGGGCGUACGCCAGGCGUGGCAGGGGCUGGAGCAGCUGCUGGAGAGCGUGCAGCACAGCCCUCCGCUCAGCUGGCUGGUGGGGCCCUUCGCCCUGCACCCCAAUGGGCAGCAGCUGUAG